CGUUACCGCUGCAGUUCGGCGUCGUAUCCGCUCGGAUUGAGCGAGGCGGAGAGAUUACUCGGUUAUCAGCCGCGACCACCGGAUCACUCGCCGAGCGAACGUUCCACGGUGGACCAGCUUCGAAUCCGCGGCCCCCGAGGGAGCAAGUACGUCGUCGGAACCGUUCGAGGGACGCGAGCAGUCAUCAGGUUUCCCGAUCGCCGGGGUGAAACGGUGACCGGAAUCGCGACGGAUAGGGGAUCCGCGAUCGCGGAGGAUGAUCGUUGGUCGGAGUGGUGAAUACCGAUAGUAACGAGGGUCGAGGGGAUGUUCCGGUGAAUCGGCGUUCUCCGUUAGCCUCCUCGAUCGAGAGUGCCGCGUGCCGAUUUAUUGUGCCAGGUGGUGGCCGACGGUUGACCAGUGUGGGUGAUGACAGAUGUGUUUUGCUCCCGUGCUCCGUUCGCGUUGUCGUGCUCGUUGUCGGUCGCGAGCUGUGACCUGCUUGUGAGAUCGCGUGCUCGCGAUCCCGCGCUCCGCGAGGCGAGACUGCCACGAGAUCGGUGAGAAUACGCCGCAAUUGGACUCGGAUAAACACUAGAAAGAUGUCAGCCGCGGCGAGGAUUCAUCAGCUGCUGGCGAUCCUCAUCUGCUGGCAAGCUUACAGCUACAGCCUGAUACUGGAGGAAGAGAAGGAGCCGAACUACCUCAACGCGGGCGUAGGAGAGUACGCGGUGUUCAAUUGCGACCUGGACUUCCCGCACGAGACGCCGAUCCCGUACAUUCUGCAGUGGAACCGCGAUGGUCGAACGAUCUUUUCAUGGUACAACGGUCCGCCGACGGUGGGUCUGGGCUACGAGGGUCGCGUGCACCUGAUAGAGGACGCGGCGCUCCGCGGCUACGGGCAGGGCAGCAUCAACCUGACGAACAUCCGCGAGAGCGACCAGGGAUGGUACGAGUGCCGCGUGAUAUUCCCGAACAGGACGCCGAACUCCCGGAACAACGGGACCUGGUUCCACCUGGCCAUAGAUGGUGCGUCGCCGUUUGGGACGUCUGUUCCAGGUGAAAACCUACUGGCUGUUCCGCCGGUGAACAAGACGAUCAUGGAGGGAGAGUCGGUGAGCUUCGAUUGCGUCGCUAAAGGAGAAAAUUCCUUCGUCACUUGGCUACGCGACGGCACAGACAUCACGCAGAUCGAGGAUUUCAAGAGAAGAGCGUCGGUCGCCGAUGAUGGAACGUUGAAGAUCAACUCAGCCCAGAUGGGGGACCUGGCGAAAUACACCUGUCUGGUUACCGGCGAAACUGGGGAGCAACAGAACGCAUCAGCCUUCCUCAAUGUGCAGUUCAAGGCGAAAGUGAUCUACGCUCCUCGAGAAGUCUACCUCCCCUACGGGAAGCCGGCCCUUCUGGACUGCCACUUCAGAGCGAACCCGCCCAUGACGAAUCUGCGCUGGGAGAAAGACGGAUUCCUCUUCGACCCGUACAACGUGCAAGGAGUGUUCUACAGACGGAACGGCUCGCUGUCUUUCAGCAAAGUGGACGAGACGCAUUCCGGCAGCUACACCUGCACGCCGUACAACGACCUGGGUACAGAGGGCCCGAGCCCUACCAUCUCAGUGAUCGUCCAAAGGCCGCCGGUGUUCACGGUGACACCUCAGCACUUGUACAUCAGGAAACUGGGAGAAACCUUGGAGAUACCUUGCGACGCCACGGACGGGGAUCAUGCUCAUCGACCCUCGAUCGUGUGGUUCAAGGAUGGCUCGCCGGUUCCGCCCAACAGGACCUACCUGAUCGGAGGCAACUUGACGAUCGACUUGAUCCAGGAGCAGGACAGAGGACUGUAUCAAUGCGCGGCGAGCAACGAGGCCGCGACGGUGGUCGCCGACACGGAAUUGAUGGUGAUGAACGUGCCACCGCGCGCUCCGUACAAUCUGAGCGCCAACGCCAGCAACAGCGCUGUCACGUUGACUUGGGUGCCGGGAUACGUGAGACCGAAAACGGAGUACUCCGUCUGGUACAGACCCACCGACACCACCGAAUGGCGAACGAUGAAGAUCUUGUCGAGGAAGAUCACCGAGGCGACCGUGAACAACCUGAAUCCGGGCCGCGAGUACGAGUUCAUGGUGCUCAGCCAGGACAAACACGGCGACGGGAUGUUUAGUAAGACCUUACGAAUCUUCACUCAUCCGACUAUGUUCGACGAGAACUCCGCGUCGGAGUACCGCAGUCCUCCAGAUGAGAGAAUGGGACCGCCGGUUAACGUGAGAGUGCAGGCGACCGUCGAGGGCUACCUGGUCACCUGGGAGCCUCCUAUGUACGGCAAGGACCAGGUCAGACUCUACGCUGUCAGAUGGUUCCGUGGACCGUCCGAGCGGCUGUACGGAAGAGCGGAAACGACGGACACAUACUACCUAGUUAAAGCUCUGGAAGAAGAGAGUUACUACACGUUCGAGGUAGCAGCCAUGUCGAUCUCGGACGACGUCGCGACCAGCGAGAGGAUAAGCCUAGAAGUGCCUGCUUACCGUAGAAACCGAGCGAUUUCCAUGGGAAUCGUGGCCGGGAUUGGAUUUCUGGCCGCAGCCCUGGCAGCCAUAUGGUGGGCAAGGAAACGAUUCUGUCAGUCGCCGAACGAGAAGUAGGGGAUGCCUCGUGGUCCGACAUACUUAGGCGACGAGCCACGCAUGCACACCGUAUACGUUGCCACGGUCAGCCGCCAAUUAACUUCCCUAAAGUAGCGUUUUAUCGAUAGCCGAAUAGAGAGAAAGAAAGAGUGAGAGAGAGAGACAGAGUGAAAGAGAAAACGAAGAGGGAGAGAAAUAUAGAGACCGAGAGUGAGAGAGAGAAAGGGAAAGAGUGGAGGGAGUUAAUUUCUAUUUCUCGACCGCGUCUCAAGGUCUCGCAGCCGAUCGUCGUGAACUUAUAAUCGUCACUCGAUUAAGUUAUGUAAUAUAUUAUACAAUAAUAUCGAUCGCGUAGAUAUAGAGACAGAAACGGAGAAACAUAGAGAGAGAGCGAGAGAGAGAGAGUGACUGAGUGAAAGAGAAAGAGAGAAAGAAUGAGAGAGCAAACGAGAGCAAGCGCCGGAGAGGAAGCGAUUCGCCCGAGGAAUUUGUAUCUGGGACGAUUCAAUUUACUGCGUUUACCUACAUAUAAGUUACAUACGAGUGUUCUCGCAUUGCAUCUCGUUACAUUAUGUAUCGUUUAAAAGCUUUAUUAGAUAAGUGCACGUUUAUUAAGGAUUAGUUCUGGCAUUUGGUCGUUAUUCGGGUACCGGGCCGCGGGAGACGCGCCCCGCCAUUUUGUCGGCGCGGCGCGCGCCCGAGCACGUCUCGCCGCCGGCCAGGAUCGAACCCGAGGCUAGGACUAUGCAUACAUGUAUACAUCCGAUACGUUUUUUUUUCUAUUGUAAAUAAAUUGUGUCGAUUAUCCGUG